AUGUCCGAAACUGGUCGGCCGAGGGCCUCUAAUGCCCGGGCUCCUCUCGCGGAUGCUACUCAACGCAUCAACAAUGCUUCAUCCAAGACUCCCGUCAAGCCUUCCAAACCACGCGACAAACCCGUCGGUCAAUCAAGUCACGCCACCGGCCCCAAUCGUCGGCGCUAUGUCGACGAGCAUGAAUUACCCGUCUCAGGAGCAAGGGCGAGCGCUGCAUCCAGUUCCCGCAACCCAGCCGUGGCAAGAGCGAGGGCUUCCCAAGAGGCAGAUCCGUCGAAGCGCAUGUCACAGGCUUCCCAGGCUUCCACAGCUCCAUCGAGCAAAAGGAGCAGCGGCUACGCUUACAAAACACACAUUGGACCCUGGCUACUUGGAAAGACUCUCGGGAAGGGUUCUUCGGCUCGGGUAAGGCUCUGCAAGCACCGUCUUUCCGGAGAGUUGGCCGCCGUCAAAAUCGUCCCCAAGAAAACAGCCUAUUUGAUUCAGGCUGGCAGCCUCGCUGAGCUCCACGACUACGACGAUAGCCUACCCGAGAAAAUCAACGGUGAGAUGCGCGUACCUUUAUCAAUUGAGAGAGAAGUGGCCAUCUUGAAGCUAGUCGAUCACCCAAACGUUAUGAAGGUUUACGAUAUUUGGGAGAAUCGUUCAGAAAUUUAUUUGGUACUCGAGUACGUCGAGCAGGGCGACCUAUUCGACUACAUCAAUACCAAUGGUCGCUUCGCAGAGGAGGGCGCCAUGUUCCUCUUUCGACAGAUGAUGAGCGCUCUCCAAUACUGCCAUUCCUUCAACAUCUGUCAUCGCGACCUUAAGCCCGAAAACAUUCUGCUGACGUCCGACAACAAGGUGAAAAUUGCCGACUUUGGCAUGGCCGCCUUGCACCAAUCUUCAGAUCAUCGACUUGUGACAGCCUGCGGCAGCCCCCACUAUGCUGCCCCCGAGCUUCUGAAGCAUAAACAUUACCGUGGAGACAAAGCAGACAUCUGGUCCCUGGGCGUCAUUCUUUAUGCACUUCUGGCUGCAUGCCUGCCUUUCGAUGACCCAGACAUCGGCGCCUUGCUGCAGAAAACCAAGAGAGGCAUAUACGAGAUACCGGACUUUUUGAGUCCGGAGGCCAAAGACCUUAUUCGUCGUAUGCUCGUCGCCAAUCCUGACACAAGAAUCAGCAUCAAGGAGAUGUGGCAGCACCCGUUGAUUCGCAAGUACGACCAUCUCGAUGACCUCGGUAAUAGCGGCCAGCUCCAUGACCUUCGCAAGGGGUUUCACUACACUCCCUUGAAGCCUCACGAAGUCGACCCUCAUUUGGUCAGACAGCUUCGGUCUCUGUGGCACAUGCUCACUGAACACCAGAUCAAGUUGAAGCUUAUGGACUCUGCAAAGAACGACCAAAAACUCUUCUACUGGCUUCUUCACAGCUACCGCCAGAAGCAGCUUGAGAACUUUCUCCCCGAACUCUCCCAAUCACCCAGCGACUACCAUCAUCUCCACGAGCCCAUUUGGAAGAAACGCGUGUCGACGGUGGAGUUCAACCAGCCCAAAGCAGAUGGGAAUGGCAGAAGCGUCUCGCGUUUCACAGUCAUUUCGCACGUUGCGGAAACCGACGAUGGCACGAUUCAGAGCUACGAUCCCUACAACUCGAGUCGACCGAUGCGUGGUCACUCUCAGGCUAGUCAUGCCAAGGUUGUGGUUCACCGUACGCGACGAGAAUCCAUGAAGCGAGAAAACACUCAGACAUCACAAUUGUCACGCAUCAAGACAGGCUCUACGCUGCGCCAUUCGCGCGUUAACUCUCAGCGAACAAACAACACUGGCCGUUUCCAAUCGCCUCGCAGCUCCAUGAACUCGCUCCAUAGCAGCAUACACGGAGCUUCUUAUGCUCGGCCAGCUUCUCGCCACAAGAGAGGCGUUGACUUUUCUCACAUAAGAAAGAAGUCUACCGACCUUUACGUAGAUAAGCGUCGCAGAGCCUCUGGGGUCAGCGGGGACGAGAGACGCCAGGAGAGACCCAAGUCCCCAACAAGUCCUCCAACUCAUAUCCCUGUGAUGGAGAGACCCAGACCGAAGCUCAAGGUUGUGAAGUCGCGAGACCCUGCGGUCAUAGUUAAUGAGGAGGUACGCAACUUCAGUAACAAAAUCGCCAAGGAUUGCGAUGAAGCCUUUAACAGCUUCAUGACCACCGACGAGCCAAGCGAGCUGUGUUUAGAUGAAGUAUCUGCCAUAAAGAGAGAAUCUACGGGGUUGUCUUUUGGGCAACCGAGACCAUCGACUGAGGCCUCGAAUAACCCGUACCACCCAUGGGACACCCGGCCCCUGCCCCCUUUGCCAGCCCCUAGGUUGAUGCAAUCUCCGAAACCGAUCAUUGAGAGAAAAGGAACGUCAGAACACCAUUACAAGGAUGCACAACAAACUGGUCGAGUUGGGAAGUUCGUGGAUCAAGUCAACCGCUUGGGCUUCCCUGCUUUGUUGCCCAAGCAGGACCGCCGCACUGUGUCUGCACCCCCGCAAGAACAGCACAACAAGAGGGCAAGUCGCCUGCCGGCUAUCAAUGAGAGCGGAAGAGACUCAGAGUCAUCAUCUCACUGGGGUGAGAGUGACAGGCACAGGAUUGUGUCUGCGCCCCCCAAGACUCCUAGCGGCCAAACUGACAAGGACGGACUGGACUACCUAGUUCGGGCAGGCGAGACGAUUCGCGUGGUCAACUCGCCGAGUGCAACAAGCCCAAUCCCCAAGCCUCUGAACGUCCGUAAAAAGUCCGCAGAGCGAUCAAAUCUUCUCGAUCAGAGCGAUGAGCGCUACAUUUACAUGCACGGGGCAUCAGGCGCAGAUGAGCCGCAGACUCCCUCCACUGCUGGUGGACCGACUAAGCAAAAGAAGUCUUCAUGGUUUAAGCGUGUUUCGAAGGACAGCACCUCUAGAGAGGGAAGCAUCCAUACCGAGGCAACCCAGGAAACUCAGGCGUACAGCAUGACGACCCAGUCCACAGCCCCGAGCCGGUCGGAGACAGCAUUCCACGAGCCACGUCCGCCAGUGGCGGCCAAGAAGAAGGGUUUCGGAUUACUCUUUUGGAAAAGCAACAAAGCCAAGCCAGAAGUCAAGAUGGAGAUUGCCGGUAUGCAUCGCAAUCGAAGCAUUGGAAUGAUUGAGCACGGACGACUGACCUAUAAUGCAGGCCCAGAGUAUGACGACUCGCCUUCUCCAAAGCAUCGAAAGGCCGACCACAACAAGACUGGUCGUCAGUCAGCUAAGGGCUGGAAAGAUUCGGAUGGAGGAGUGCGAACCAUUGAAGUCCAUCAGAACUGGCUUGCCCGACUAUUUGGGGUCAAGCCGGCGACGAGGCAAGUGUGCUUGGUGAUGUCGCGGAAGCGAGCUCGGCAGGAGCUUGUCAUCCUUCUUAAAGACUGGCGACGUUACGGUAUGGGAGAUAUCCAGGUCGACAAGGAGAGAAACAUUGUGUUUGCCCGCGUUGGGGCUGAGAAUUACUUAGGCAUGAAGGAAGUUGCAUUUGCCGCGGAGGUUAUGACUGUGAUCGAGCACGGGAAGAAGGGGCCGCUCUGCAUUGUACGGUUUACCCAGGAGCGCGGAGCGGCGAGUAGCUUUCACAUGGUGGUAGACACGGUUUGGAAGGUGUUCGGAUCACGCGGCCUGCUUGUCACGGACACGUCCAAGGAGAAGAUGAUGAUCAAAACGCUCAAUUCCUGA